UCUUUCAAACUCAUCAACAAUUAUAACACACUUAUUCCUCCUUUAUAUCAUCUUAUCAUAUCACCACCCCUCCCAUGGUUACCCUUCCCGGCAACUCUCACAAAUGUCUUCAUUCUUCCGACUAUUCCGUCACCGGAGUAACGCUUCUGAUAGUGCUGACGAGCCCGAAGACGAUGGUCCCGUCUCGUACUCAACCGAGUGUUACGCCUGCACCCAAGUAGGCGUCCCCGUCUUCCACUCCACCAGCUGUGACAAUGUUAAUCAACCCGAAUGGGAAGCCUCCGCAGGCUCUUCCCUUGUCCCCAUUCGCGACCGACCCGGUUCCAAAAUUAUCCGCACCCGUUCCUCCAAAGACGGCCGGAGACGCCGGCCGUCCGGGUUCCUGAGCCGGGUGUACGACCCGCGGAGCAAACGGGUGCAGAGAUGGAACCGGUUUUUUUUACUGGCUCGCGGGAUGGCGUUGGCGGUAGACCCGCUGUUCUUUUACACGCUGUCCAUCGGGCGCGGGGGUACGCCGUGCCUUUACAUGGACGGCGCCCUGGCGGCCGUGGUGGCGGUGGUCAGGACGUUAGUGGACGCCAUACAUCUUGUGCACAUGUGGUUACAGUUUCGGAUGGCUUACGUGUCACGUGAGUCGCUUGUGGUUGGGUGUGGUAAACUCGUGUGGGACCCACAGGCUAUUGCUUCUCACUAUGUGCGGUCAGUAAAAGGCUUCUGGUACGACGCAUUCGUCAUACUUCCGAUCCCACAGGUUGUAUUUUGGUUAGUAGUGCCACGAUUGAUACGCGAAGAGCGAAUAAAGGCAAUCAUGACGACCCUCGUACUCGUUUUCAUCUUCCAAUUCCUGCCCAAAGUCUACCACUCGAUCUCGCUAAUGAGAAGAAUGGGCAAAGUCACAGGCUACAUCUUUGGCACCAUUUGGUGGGGUUUCGCCCUUAAUCUCAUCGCCUACUUCAUCGCUUCUCACGUUGCUGGUGGUUGUUGGUAUGUUUUGGCGAUACAACGGGUCGUUUCAUGUCUAAAGCAUCAAUGUAACAAGAAAAAUGCGUGUAAUCUAGCAUUGUCUUGUGCCGAUGAGGUUUGCUACCAAUUUUUGUUACCCGAGGGGGUGUUUGGUGAUCGUUGUGCUGGAAACUCAACCACGAGUUUGGUUAGAAAGCCGUUGUGUUUGGAUGUAAAUGGCCCGUAUCACUAUGGCAUUUACCGAUGGGCUCUUCCGGUUAUUUCUAGCAACUCGCUCACCGUCAAGAUUCUUUAUCCCAUCUUUUGGGGUCUUAUGAGCCUUAGUACCUUUGGAAAUGAUCUUGAGCCCACAAGUCAUUGGGUUGAAGUGAUCUUUAGUAUAUGUGUCGUGUUAAGUGGAUUGAUGCUAUUCACGUUAUUAAUUGGUAAUAUUCAGGUGUUCUUGCAUGCGGUUAUGGCAAAAAAGAGGAAAAUGCAACUAAGAUGUCGCGAUAUGGAGUGGUGGAUGAAGAGGAGACAACUACCGUCACUUCUUAGACAAAGAGUUCGUCAUUACGAACGCCAAAAUUGGGCGUUGAUGGGAGGUGAGGAUGAGAUGGAGUUGAUUAAAGACUUUCCCGAAGGCCUUAGACGCGAUAUCAAGCGUUUUCUAUGCCUAGAGCUCAUUCGAAUGGUACCAUUCUUUCAUAACUUAGAUGAUUUGAUACUUGACAACAUAUGUGAUCGAGUUAAACCGCUAGUAUUCUCAAAGGACGAAAAGAUCAUACGCGAAGGUGAUCCGGUUCAAAGAAUGGUGUUUAUAGUUCAAGGACGCGUAAAAAGCGGCCAAAACCUAAGUAAAGGAGUUGUUGCAACGAGUAUUUUGGACCCGGGAGGCUACCUAGGAGACGAGCUUCUAUCAUGGUGCCUCCGAAGGCCAUUUAUAAACCGGCUUCCAGCAUCUUCGGCUACUUUUACAUGUAUGGAACCCACAGAAGCUUUUGGGCUAGAUGCUAACAAUCUUCGUUACGUGACCGAUCAUUUUCGGUACAAAUUUGCCAACGAAAGGUUGAAACGAACCGUGAGAUAUCAUUCAGCCAAUUGGCGGACAUGGGCUGCGGUGAAUAUACAAAUAGGGUGGAGGCGGUACAUGGCGAGGAUGCGACGGUCAGUGAAUCAGGUGACAGAUGAGAAUGGUGGCAGCAACCGUAUGCUCCGGCAAUAUGCUGCCAUUUUCAUGUCAAUAAGGCCUCAUGAUCAUCUUGAAUAGAGUACAUUUGUUAUUCUUGAAACACCAUUGUUUGUGCUUCAUUUUGGUAUUCAUAUUAUAAAUUAAGAAAUGGUGGAAAUGCUGGAGUAAAA